CUAUAUACCUUGACUUUCUGUAAUAAUAAUAAUUAAUAUUAAGAACUUAUUUUGAAAAUUAAAGCUUAACCCACUGGCGUAACGGAUGAGUUGUGUCCACAUAAUCGCGAAUAAGCAUCUUUUUGAUCAGUCCUGUAUCUGUAUCGAUUACAGAUAGAAGUUUUUGAGUUUUAAAUAAAAUCAUCCACUACAUUUUUGUUUUUACCGUUAAUUUGUUGGCCCCUUGUAAGCGGUAUUGUAGAACGUUGCGUUUAGCUACUCAAUUGAAGCUAACUACAAAUCUAUGUAUCGAAUCUUGUCUUUCGACCCAUCAUCUCCAUCUGAAUUAAAUGAGAGUAUAUUUAAAUGUGUAUGGUAUACAAAGGCGGCGCGCGACCCGGCCGCCAAAGCGGGCGCGUGCGCAAACGCGAUCCGUAAAGCUGCGCGCGCGGUCGCGGCCGUCGCGCAGCGGUACGCCGCGAUCGCUCGCACCGCCUUCCACGCGGACGAUUCCACGCUCAGGCACCUGCACAUCGCCCAGCACACAUACGCCCAAUUGGCACAUUUCCUGGAUCGGAUCACGUCCACCCAAGACCGGCCGUCCGAGUUGACGACCAAUGAAAUCAAACCAAGGACCCUGGAGGAGAUGAUAGCACUCUCCCCCAGUCGAGCCCUCACUAACAUAUCCGCCAAGCUGUUCGAUAAUACUACUGGUCAAGGCAUCACGCACAGGCACGCAGAGGCGAUCCUGGCGGCGGUGCGCGCGUGCAGCGGCGGCGCGGGCGGGCUGUGGGCGCGCGGGGUGGUGGCGGGGCGCGCGGGGGGCGCGCUGUGCCGCGUGGCGCUGACGCCCGCGUGGCGCGCGCCCCCCGCCGACCACGCCGCCACGCUGCCGCUGUCCCACCGCCUCGCGCUCAAGCUGGAGGGGGUCGUGCUGCCGACAGUGCCGCUCAGUAAACGUCAACCGCGACGUCAAGUGAAAGGCGUCCAAAUAACAGUGACUGCGACCCCUCAUCCACGGACAAAUGAAAAGACAGUGGAGUUGACUAAUAUACCACCGGCUCUGACCGCGGUGCAGACUGUGACGCCCAUCCGGGACUUCUUCUCGGCACAACAGUUGGUCAGUGUAAAUGCGCCGGGCUUGUAUACGGUCGCCGUUGAAGCGGCCUUCGUCGACGAGAAGGGGGAACUGUGGAACACUGGCCCCAGGACUUCCAUAGUUAUAAAGGCUCACGAAGAACCCAGCGCCAAGAGCAUCGUUCAGGCAACACGUAGUAGAUUCUAGUAUUAAACCGAUGGAAAAAUGUGUUUAAAUGUCAUAAUUUUAAAAAUAAUAAAGCCUAUCAACAUAUUACAUAACUCACGAUAAUAUUACAUUAC